AUGACCACCUCGAUCUACCAACCCUUCCUUCUUCCUUCAGCAUACCCAACCACCUCCCUCACCUACCCUCAGGUUUUCCCGCAAUUCAUCUCAUCCACGCCUACACCUACUCCACCACCGACUCCCGGUCCAAGUGGUUCAAAAGGAGUGAAAAUCAUUGAUCAUUCGUCUCUCACUAGACCACCAUCACCAUCACCUCAGCGACUCAACAUCAAGUUAGAUAACGAGAACAAACAUGAACAGAACCUUGCCAGGAGUAGUUCGGAUGAUUCAAUCCAAUCUGCUAUACUCAUCACUCCUGAGACCCAAUCACCUCUUACUCACACGAUCUUACUUCGAGAUCAGACCGAACAUCAUAACUUGCUCUUAUCUUCGCCUGAAGCGAGUGAAGAUCACUUAGUCUUUGGUCAUGCCGAUAAACAGGCUUCGACCUCAAAACGUCUGUCUAGUACAAACAAUGUCAUCCCCAUCGAUGCAUUCAUGGAAGUACGACAUUCCUCCCUUCACCCACAUAGAUAUCUCAGAAGAAUUUGCCAACCUCAAACGGCAUUUGCCAGAGGAGAGAUUAUCCAUCCUAAAUUCUUCUCACUCCUUUCCUCGCAUAACAACUCGAAUCAACUCAAUGAGGAAGAAGAGAACCAAGACGAUGAUGACUCGUCGAGCGAAUCGAGUGGCUAUUCAUCAAUCAUCCCUUCCGACCAAGCAUUGGGAAGAAUAUGUAUGUACCAGUAUUGGAGGAUGUACGAUACUAAGAUCAAAGAGGAGAAGGAGGAAAGGCGAAGGCUGAGAAAGUUUUCGAAUGGAGGAGAUCAAGGGGAAGGGGAUGGAGAAGGAAAAGUGAGAGAUUGGUUAUUUGAUCAGCAUCAUCAUCAUUACCAACGCCAACGACAGAAGAAUCGUAUCAUCAAAGGUCCUUCACCUCUCGAGAUCACUACACCCACUGAGGGCAAUAGCAGGGGAAAUACCCAUCCAAAGACUGUUAGAUCUUCAUCCUCCGCUUAUAGUCCUUUAUCACCUGAACCUUGGUUGGCUAAACCAUAUCUCGAUAAUUCACUCGUACCUACCGCUCAGAUCAGCUCAAGUCCUAAACUCCAUAUGGUCAUCGGACAAAGGAAUCUCACUCAAGAUUGA